ACAAUGAGAUUGGGAUCACCCAUCUUCUGCAACUGCCUCUCAUGCCUGUUCAUCCCUAUUUCAUUUCAUUAUUCGCAAAUCGAAUCUGUCGGCCCCUUCUCUUUCUCUCUCUCUCUCUCUCUCACAGAGAGGGAUCUGUUCUGGCCUCUCUCAGUUCCAUCUCUGGGUCGACGCCAUAACUGUUUUAGAUUAGUUCGACACUUGUAGACUCUCUUUAAUUCAUCUUUCUCAAAAGUAGCUUUAAAUUUUUGUUCACCCAAAAACCCUCCAGACAAUGAGAAAUGUUAUCUCUGUUUUGAAAUUGUAAAUUGAAAUCCAGUGAUGAAGAACACCACCAACACCAACAGCAACAACAUGAAAUUCAUCCUUCUCCAUUCGUCUCUCCACAAGCAAACAGGGUCUUACCGUCUAUGUCUAUUCGCCUUGGUCUCCUUAUUCAUGUUCGCCUUCUUUCUUACUCUAAUCAACACAAGGGAUUUCAUCAAUAACACCUCCUCCUCCUCCCCUUUCCAAGGAAUUAAGGAUCAAACCCGGUUGUCCACCACCGUCGCAGAUGCCCUCCUCCACUACGCCGCCAACUCUAACACCACCGGCAAAAUGACCGCCGCGGAGCUAAAAUCCAUCUCCGAAGCCCUCCGCAACUGCCUCUCCAACCCCUGUAAUUUCCUUGUGUUUGGUCUCACCCACGAAACCGUCCUCUGGAAAGCCCUGAAUCACAAUGGCCGCACCGUUUUCCUUGAUGAGAACGAGUACUACAUCGCGAAGUUGGAGGAGAAGCACCCAGACAUGGAAGCUUACGACGUGUCGUACACAACUCAGGUGAGCCAGAUGAAGGAAUUGAUCAAGACUACAAGGGAGCAGAUUCGGAAGGAGUGUCGGCCGGUCCAGAAUCUUCUCUUCUCCGAUUGCAAGCUUGGGAUCAACGAUCUCCCCAACCACUUAUACGAAGUAGCUUGGGAUGUGAUCUUGGUUGAUGGGCCUAGAGGGUAUUCCCCGUCGGCGCCGGGGAGGAUGUCAGCGAUCUUCACCGCCGGUGUUCUGGCGAGGAGCAAGAAGGGUGGAUACGCGCAGACCCAUGUGUUCGUUCACGAUUUCAAGAGGGAGGCGGAGAAUGUUUGCAGUGACGAGUUCCUGUGCAGGGAGAACCUGGUGGAGUCAAAGGACCUCCUCGCCCAUUUCGUAAUUGAGAGAAGGAACAGCUAUGCCUCGGAAUUCUGUCACAACCGUACAUCGGCAUCAUCAUUUUCUUCCUCAUAGAAAUUUCUUUCUGUUAAUUUAGAUUUCCUUUUUUUUUUUUUUUUUCCUUCUUCUUAUACAUAUUUACAAUCACCUGAAAGGUGUUUGUGUAAUUGUGUCAUAUAGUUUUCAAAUACAGGGUUUUAAAAUGAAAUAUCGGCAAAGAGUGUUGGUUCUAUCGCAAUCACCUCACCGGCGGAGAAAAACACUGGAGAGGGGAGAGUUGAUGGUUCUAGUUGAUCCUUGUUUUGGCCAAAAUGGGGGUGUCGGUGACAGAGGGGUAAAGAAGAGAGGUAGGAGAAGAGGUGGAACUCUUUUUAAAAAAAAAAAAAAAAAGAGGUGGAUCUCUUGUUCUGUGAUCCACUUCUUUAAUUAGACCAUGUGAUAAAAGCUUUAAUUUUGACACUUCUAGCUUGAGAACUGAGACUUGGGAAUCAUAUCGUCAGAGAUUUAGAGAGAUGGAGAGAUAGUGUCGGUGGGAGAGAAGAAGUCAGGGACUAAAGAGAAAGAGAGUGGUAGAUUAGUAGUAUAAUUUUGAUAUUAUGUACUGUUUAGAGUGGUGGGAUGGCUUUAGUUAGCACGGAUCUUACACAGUUUCUUUAUCGUGUGGAUAAUGCUGGCAGUUAAAAUAGUGGCCGCGGGUUUCACGUGAAUGGAUGCACUGAAAUUCUAAUACUGUUUAUUGUACGAAAUUUAGUUGUUGUCGCGUUGCAACC